AUGGCGGAAACUAGUUCCCGCAAAUCCUCUGCUGAUGACCUCAAGAAACUUGCAAUGAAGGUUUUCGAGGAUGCCACCAAAGACUGUGAGGACGAGGAAUUGAAAAGAGUAUUUCGCACGGUUGGGAGUUGCUACGAUUCCCUUAACAAUUGGGCAGUUCAAAUGUUCAGCUUUAUGGCAGAUAUCGGCCACACUGACAAUGCUAGAGAGAUGUUUAAGCCUUUCUCUGACUUGGGCAUUCUGUCUGAAGUAGCUGUCUUCACCAUUGUGAUCACUAUCUACUCCGGUUCACGGAAGGCCGAGAGUGCACUCAAGGUGUACCACCACAUGAUAGCCUCUGGUUUCAACCCUGUCUCCUACACUUACACUCAACUCAUUUGUGUACUUUCAACAGACUUUUCCAAAGCAAAGUACCUUAGGUAUGCCAAGAGGUUUUUUCUGGAACUGUUGGAUAAGGGGAUGAAGCUCAAGCGUACACCCUUCUGGGAUGUUUUGAAGGCCAUUGCUUACCGAGAGCCACUGGAUAAGUUCAAGGAGUUCAUUGAGCAGCUAAAAGCCAGGGGGUUCAUUCUUCACGACAAUGGGUUUUACUACAACGAAGCUUACCUCGCCGAAGCAAGGGAAACACUGAAGAUGCAAGCUCAUCUUGUACACAAUCACACCGUUGACGAGGAUGUUAGAAAAUACUUCUUUAUGAAGAGCGCCUUCCCUGGCCACAUCCAGAAACUGUCGAACAAGAUGUACACUGCUUUGAUAGUUGACGGAAAUUUAGAAGAGGCCGCAAAGUUCAAAAAUGAAAUUGAGGAGAAGCAUGUAGAGCCCAUGGUCGUAAUCCACACUUCCAUUAUUAAAGCCUACCUCAAGUUCGACAAGACCAAGGGUGCUCUGGGGGCAUACCUAGCCAUGUUAGCUGCAGGGGUUUCCCCCAACUCUGUCACUUACACCGUUUUAAUCAAGGGACUCAGUGCUGACCCCAAUUUUAUUGGAGAUGCCAAGAAGUAUUUGCUUGAGAUGAUGGACAAGGGAAAGCGACCCAAUGCUGCUUCCUUCACUGCGGUCAUAGAAGGCUUUGCAAAGCAGGAGGACAAGGCAGCUGAGGAGGAGGGAAAAGAGUGUGUGCGGGUAAUGAUGGAUAAAGGAUUUGUGCCUAAUGCGAAGGCAAUGAUGGAGGUUUUAAGGGGUAGACCAACAGCGGUAAUUAGAAGGGCCAUGAGUAUUGUCCUUUCCACCUUGAAGCAGUAA